AUGGUGAAAAUGAAGAAAGAAAUCAUUUUCCUUCUUAUCAUUGCUUUUUCAUCUUGUACGAAGGCAACAACUUCGGGAAGUACAACAACAACAACAGCCUUUUUCGCGUUAACCUCUAUAAUAACAACAACAGCAACUUCUUCAACUUCUUUUACAUCGACUGCAUUUUCCACAUCAACUCCAACUACAAUAACAACAUCUUCAACAGUUUCUACAACAACAACAACGACCCUUUCCACAUCAACACCAACUACAACAAGAACAUCUUCAACAGUUUCUACAACAACAACGACCCUUUCCACAUCAACACCAACUACAAUAACAACAUCUUCAACAGUUUCUACAACAACAACAACCCUUUCCACAUCAACUCCAACUACGACAAGAACAUCUUCAACAGUUACUACAACAACCUUUUCUACAUCAACAACAACUACAAUUAGGACAUCCUCCUCUUCAGCAAUUUCUUCUACAACAAUAGCGUUUUUCACACCAACUCCAAUAAUUGCAGUAAGACCAACUUCUCCUUCGACAAUUUCUUCUAGAAUAGCAACCUUUUCCACAUCAACACCAACUACAACAAGAACAUCUUCAACAGUUUCUACAACAACAACAACCCUUUCCACAUCAACUCCAACUACGACAAGAACAUCUUCAACAGUUUCUACAACAACAACAACCCUUUCCACAUCAACUCCAACUACGACAAGAACAUCUUCAACAGUUUCUACAACAACAACGACCCUUUCCACAUCAACACCAACUACAACAAGAACAUCUUCAACAGUUUCUACAACAACAACGACCCUUUCCACAUCAACUCCAACUACAACAAGAACAUCUUCAACAGUUUCUACAACAACAACGACCCUUUCCACAUCAACACCAACUACAACAAGAACAUCUUCAACAGUUUCUACAACAACAACGACCCUUUCCACAUCAACUCCAACUACAACAAGAACAUCUUCAACAGUUUCUACAACAACAACGACCCUUUCCACAUCAACUCCAACUACAACAAGAACAUCUUCAACAGUUUCUACAACAACCCUUUCCACAUCAACUCCAACUACAACAAGAACAUCUUCAACAGUUUCUACAACAACCCUUUCCACAUCAACUCCAACUACAACAAGAACAUCUUCAACAGUUUCUACAACAACAACGACCCUUUCCACAUCAACACCAACUACAAUAACAACAUCUUCAACAGUUUCUACAACAACAACGACCCUUUCCACAUCAACUCCAACUACAACAAGAACAUCUUCAACAGUUUCUACAACAACAACCCUUUCCACAUCAACUCCAACUACAACAAGAACAUCUUCAACAGUUUCUACAACAACCCUUUCCACAUCAACUCCAACUACAACAAGAACAUCUUCAACAGUUUCUACAACAACAACGACCCUUUCCACAUCAACACCAACUACAAUAACAACAUCUUCAACAGUUUCUACAACAACCCUUUCCACAUCAACUCCAACUACAACAAGAACAUCUUCAACAGUUUCUACAACAACAACGACCCUUUCCACAUCAACUCCAACUACAAUAACAACAUCUUCAACAGUUUCUACAACAACAACCCUUUCUACAUCAACUCCAACUACGACAAGAACAUCUUCAACAGUUUCUACAACAACCCUUUCCACAUCAACUCCAACUACAACAAGAACAUCUUCAACAGUUUCUACAACAACAACGACCCUUUCCACAUCAACUCCAACUACAAUAACAACAUCUUCAACAGUUUCUACAACAACAACCCUUUCUACAUCAACUCCAACUACAACAAGAACAUCUUCAACAGUUUCUACAACAACCCUUUCCACAUCAACUCCAACUACAACAAGAACAUCUUCAACAGUUUCUACAACAACAACGACCCUUUCCACAUCAACUCCAACUACAAUAACAACAUCUUCAACAGUUUCUACAACAACAACCCUUUCCACAUCAACUCCAACUACAACAAGAACAUCUUCAACAGUUUCUACAACAACAACGACCCUUUCCACAUCAACACCAACUACAAUAACAACAUCUUCAACAGUUUCUACAACAACCCUUUCCACAUCAACUCCAACUACAACAAGAACAUCUUCAACAGUUUCUACAACAACAACGACCCUUUCCACAUCAACUCCAACUACAACAAGAACAUCUUCAACAGUUUCUACAACAACCCUUUCCACAUCAACUCCAACUACAAUAACAACAUCUUCAACAGUUUCUACAACAACCCUUUCCACAUCAACUCCAACUACAACAAGAACAUCUUCAACAGUUUCUACAACAACCCUUUCCACAUCAACUCCAACUACGACAAGAACAUCUUCAACAGUUUCUACAACAACAACCCUUUCCACAUCAACACCAACUACAACAAGAACAUCUUCAACAGUUUCUACAACAACAACGACCCUUUCCACAUCAACUCCAACUACAAUAACAACAUCUUCAACAGUUUCUACAACAACAACCCUUUCCACAUCAACUCCAACUACGACAAGAACAUCUUCAACAGUUUCUACAACAACAACGACCCUUUCCACAUCAACUCCAACUACAAUAACAACAUCUUCAACAGUUUCUACAACAACAACCCUUUCCACAUCAACUCCAACUACAACAAGAACAUCUUCAACAGUUUCUACAACAACAACAACCCUUUCCACAUCAACUCCAACUACAAUAACAACAUCUUCAACAGUUUCUACAACAACAACCCUUUCCACAUCAACUCCAACUACAACAAGAACAUCUUCAACAGUUUCUACAACAACAACAACCCUUUCCACAUCAACUCCAACUACGACAAGAACAUCUUCAACAGUUUCUACAACAACAACGACCCUUUCCACAUCAACUCCAACUACAACAAGAACAUCUUCAACAGUUUCUACAACAACCCUUUCCACAUCAACUCCAACUACAAUAACAACAUCUUCAACAGUUUCUACAACAACCCUUUCCACAUCAACUCCAACUACAACAAGAACAUCUUCAACAGUUUCUACAACAACCCUUUCCACAUCAACUCCAACUACAACAAGAACAUCUUCAACAGUUUCUACAACAACCCUUUCCACAUCAACUCCAACUACAACAAGAACAUCUUCAACAGUUUCUACAACAACCCUUUCCACAUCAACUCCAACUACAACAAGACCAACUUCUCCUUCGACAAUUUCUUCUAGAAUAGCAACCUUUUCCACAUCAACUCCAACUACAAUAACAACAUCUUCAACAGUUUCUACAACAACAACUACACUUAAAACAUCCACUUCAAUUUCUUCUACAACAACAGCUUUUUCUACAUCAAUUCCAAUAUCAAAAUUCACUGCUUUAACAACUUCUACAGCAACAAAAAUUCUGACAACUAAGAAGCCAAAACCGCAACACAAGAAAAAAACUGCUCCUCAACUACUUCUUAUACAGCAGCAACUUCUGAUCCGGAAAUUACAAGAGGAAUAUCCUUAUAUCUAUAAACUUUUGCAACAACAAAAUCCUUUGCUUCAGCAACUUCUACAACUACAACAGCUUCUUCAGAAACUACAACAUAAGCAGCCGCACCUUCAGCAUCUUCUCCAACAACAACAACAACUUCUUCAGCAACUUAUACAACACCAACAUAAGCAUAACUGUAAACAUCAAAUACAAAGUCUUCUUCAACAACAGCAUAGUAUCCUUCAACAACUUCAGCAUCAUCAACCAUUU